UGGAAGGGAAUUCCCGAGGCAUGUGAUCCCUAGCUUGACGACAUCAACAGCACUUCCAGCUAACUCUCCAUCCUGUUACCAACCUUACGCCCAACGUGAUCUCUUCUGUCUUAAACUUGCAUAUUGGUCAUGAAAAUCUUUGCUCAUCUUGCUGCACUCAUUGCGGCUCUAGCUAUCGCGAGCGCAGGCGCCGCCCCGAUCGAUGCACUUCCUAACUCUGGACCUACGUUUGUGGGUAGCGUCAGGGCUAAGAUUCUCGAAUUUCGCCUUGGACAUGCUGCUGGUCUUGGUCGCAUCGAGGACUAUAGGAUCAUUACAACCAUCCAACCUGAUAAGAAGUUCGGUUGCAAGGGCGUUUCGGAGAAGUUGCAACGUCUUGCGAGUGCCCUUGGACUCCCUUCUUUCAGUCAACCGUCGAGCAGUGUGCAGACCUCAGGACCUAGCAUGCACAAUUCGUUACCGCAUUCCGGGGAAACCCUUCCGCCUUCCCCCUUUGUUGGCCCUCUCAAUCCUAACGUAGUGCAGUAUUUUCGCGUGGCGCUCCACAAUCAUCACAAGAAUCAGCCUUUUAUGAACAGAUUGGAUCGAGCCAUUAGGUCUCUCGGGAAAUGGGAGUCCAGAGCUGUUGCCUUCGUGUUUGGAUGCGGCAUUGGGUCUUUGAUCCGUAUACUGUUCAUGUUCUGUCUCCUCAUCGUUCGUGCAUGGCGCAAUCGUUCCCAUCGGUGCCUAGGGACCGCAGAGGAAACGGCCAUUUUACUCCCAGUCGAGCCUCCUGCGUAUGUUGAUGAGAAGGCUACGUUGCAUGAGACGAUGGCCCAUGAUCCCCGGCUCUCUGAGGAGUCCCUAAAUUUAGUCGAGACUGUCGGUGUGAAUGAAAAUGUCCCCAGUCCACCGGAUCAGUGUGGCCGGCCAGCGCCUGCGGACCAAUUCAACUAAUCCGCUUCUCAGGAGUUAGUCAAUUCUGCGUCUGACGCUCCUGAUUCCUUCUACGAAGCUGCUCGCAUUUGGAGGAUUAUGGAUGGUUUAGAAAUACUUUCUCGAUUCCGCGCUUCCGUCGAAAGAUUACACUAUCCUUCACUCGGUUUCUUUAUCAUCGUUUUCCUACUCUUGCACGUUUACUCUCCUCGUCUGCAUGGAUUUUCUUUUAUCUUUCACUCUUUUGUCGAAUUUUGUCAGUUCAAUUUUGUUGUGAUCUUGUCGGAUGGUGUAAGCACUCAGUGAGAACGUUC